AUGCCUCAGCCCUACUCCCUCCGCAGCCCCUACGUGGGACCCCCGCUGCCCGGUUCCAUCACCCCCAAAGUCGCCCGCCGCCCGCUGACAGGGUCAGGAGUCGGGGGUCAGAGGGUACCCAGCCAGGAGCGGCUGUCGGGGGGCCGGGGGCCGGGUCCCCAGCCUGGGAGCAGGCUGGCCGCCUACCAACACCGGCCCCCAGCCCCUCCUCACGGCAAGCCGCGUCCCCUCCCCCCGGGCCCGGGGCCCCUGGACGAGAGAGGCCGCAAGCUGGAGGCCAAGGGGAGGCCCCCCCCCAUCCUCCACAGCCUCCUCCUCCUCCUCCUCCUCAUCCUCCUCCUCGUCCUCCUCGUCCUCCUCCCCCCCCUCCCGGCGGAAGGCCAGCCUGGGCGGCGGAGGGGUAGGAGGGGCAGCGACGGUCUCUCAGGCCCCCGGGUCUGUCCACGCCGAUCCCUGCGCUGGGCUCCACGAGCCCCAGGAGCUGCAGGAGUGCCUGCGCAGGCUCGGCGCCGCCCGUCUUCGCCGAUCGCCCUCCCUGGGGCGCCUGCCCACCCGGCCCGAGCCCGCCCCUGCCCAGCCUCCCCCCUUGCCCCCACCCUCCAUCAAGCGCAGCUCCUCGCUGCGGGGCCUGCGGCAGGAGGUGGAGGCCCCCGGGGCUGGGGCGACACCGCGGCCCAUCCAGUUGGACAUCCUGCCGGGUCCCUCCAGGGUCCAGGGGAGCGGCAACGGCCCAGCUCGGAGCCAGGACGGGCAGCGGGAGACUCGGCUCCAGGAACAGCAGCAUUCGCCAGUCUGAUAGCCAUACUGUGGGAACCUUCAAGCAGCAGCUCCGUCAACCCCAUCCAUUUCCAACAGAAAUUCCAGAAGUUUGUCCCGCAUUUUGCAGGAUACAGCCAGCAGGAUGCUCAAGAGUUUCUGCGCUUUCUGAUGGAUUGGCUCCACGUUGAAAUUAACCGGAAACCACGGAAGACUCCGAACAUCAUGUCACUAUCCGGGAUCCGGGUGCCCUCUGACAAUAUGGAGAGGUUACGUGAUGAUGAAAAAUCGAUGCAGAUGUGGAAACGAUACCUGGAGAGGGAUGACAGUAAAAUCGUAGAUCUCUUUGUAGGUCAGCUGAACAGUACCCUUUGCUGCACCACCUGCGGUCACAAAUCCACCACCUUCGAGGUCUUCUGUGACCUGUCGCUGCCAAUCCCGAAGAGACUGUCGAUGACAGGCCGUGUCUCCCUGCUGGAAUGUCUCAGUCUGUUCACCGCCGAAGAGGAGCUAGACACUGACAACGCGCCGAUGUGCGAGAGGUGUAACCAGAGGAAGAGAAGCACUAAGAAGCUGACGAUCCAGAGAUUCCCCAAGAUCCUUGUUCUACACCUGAACCGAUUCUCUUUCAGUCGCUAUGCGAUCAGAAAGUCUACCACUCACGUGGAGUUCCCGUUGUACGGGCUGAGUUUAAGGCAGUUUGCUGCCGACAACACAGGCAAUCCUGUUUACGAUCUCUAUGCAGUAUGUAACCACACAGGGACUGUGAACGGCGGCCACUACACAGCCUACUGCAAGUCCAGAGGAAGGUGGCACGUCUUCAAUGAUUCCAGGGUCUCGCUGAUUCAGGAGAAUCAGAUUGUCUCCAGUGAAGCAUAUGUACUCUUCUACCAGCUGGACGAGACACAGUCAGUUCGGUGAAGGGGUGGGGGCAGCGAGAUUGGGGGAGUUGGGGGGGGGGGCGCUCCCUGCUUGUGACCCUCACAGCUCCUGGAGCUCUCUGUCUUCAGUCCCCCCGCCACCCCAGACCAGUACCGCCCCACCACCCUCCACCACGUGGGCCCAUUCUGUCUCCCCUCCCCUCACCUACCCGGUCCCCCCCACCACCUCUUCACUGUCCUCCCUCCUCAGGGGGGCCACUCCCCUUCACAUACCCCCCUCCCCACGGACUCUCAGGCGACUGGGCUCUUGAGAAGGAUUGAGUGGAGAGCAUUGCAGAUUAAAAUGUAAUCCGUUUGCACUGGA